UCCCUUUCAUUAGUAUUCAUGCAGACAAUAAACGUCGAGGGAGCAUUGGAUCUUUAAACUGAGUCUAGAAGAAAUAAAUAUCUAUUCGACAGUUUUGUAAUUUAAGCAGUAGCCUUAUAUUUGUAUUGUAUGAGUCUAACAAUAUGUCUUAUUAAGUGUCAGUACUCGCUACUGCUAUGCCACUUUCCAGUCUUUUGUUUCUGUUUGUGGUUGCCUUUGAACUCGGCAUUGUCUUGACUUAAGCUAAUAAAUUUAUAAAUUAUGCAUUAUGAGUUGCCGACAUUCGUUUGACACAAACAUGAUGGCGGAUGAAUUUACGAAAGAUAUAAUUAAUUGCAGAUUAUGAUAAUGCAGCGAUUUGUGUGCAGUUCAUGUGAUGUGAUCCCUAGCUUGUGAUUUCACCUGCCAGUAUGUUUUGUCAAUGUGAUAUUGUGUUGUGAACCUGUCUUGGCUUGUAACCCCAGCUUUGCUUCAAGUAUGCCUAUUAGCAGUACUGAUGUUCCAAUCGAGGCAGUGGCAUUUCUUGGUGCAAUUGCUGCAUUUCUGAUGGUGCUAAUUAUAUUCUUCCUGUAUCUCAACAAGAGUCUCUGUUUCUCGGAAUGUGGAGGAUUCCCUUGUAUUGACAAACCACCAAAAAGAAAGAACAAACUAGGUGCUGCUUACCAGUAUGAUGAUGAGACAUCAAGUGAUUCUGAUGAUGAAAUGCAAAAGCGUUACCAAGAAUCACUCGUGGCCAAAGGAAGUGUUCGCAGUGCCAAGAGUCGCAAGAGUGCCAAAAUUACUAAUUCAUCAAGUGGUAAUUUGCAGAAAGAAGAGUCUGCCUCAUUAGCUGAGAAAGGUGUGAAUGUGGCAGGCACUGUUUCUCCGCCUUUGAGUGCAGACGAAGAGGGUGACCAGGAACUGCAGACUGAAAAGGCAGGAUCUGGUCCACUUAUAGAAAUUGAUGAUCUGCUUACAUAUGAAAACAAGGCCUUCCAGAAGGAACCUUCAGCUACAGGAGAACUCGUCACAGAACCAUCGGCAUCAGGAGGGUCACCAUCUGAAAGCACUGAGGCUUUGUCUGGCACAGGAACCACGAAAAUGUCCAGUGAUGAACAUCUUUUUGAUGUGAGUGACCUACAGACUGAGCCACCACUCAUAUCCAAGUGUGGAAGCAUAGAGGUCAGUUUUGACUAUGAGCCUGCGAAGGGUCGAAUGGUGAUUACGGUACAUCAGGCGAAAGAGAUCCCUGCUAAAGACCGUGGGGGAGCUAGUAACAUACAGCUCCGAUUGAUGCUGCUUCCAACAAAAAAACUAAAAUUUAAAACCAAAGUUAAAACUGGAGAAUCGCCUGUUUUUGAAGAAACCUUUGUGUUGACAAAAAUUUUCCCAGAUGAUGUUCAGGGGAUGGGAGUGAGGUUCCGACUCUAUGGACUGGAGAGGAUGCGGCGUGAUCGGAUGAUUGGAGAGACGAUUGUCGGCUUUGCCUCGAUGAGUCUCGAUGAGAAACAGACUCACUGGGUCGUGCUCGAACCCAGAAGUAAUUUAAGUCAUGGGGACUCUGGUUUUGACGUGUCAAGUCUAUCUCGAAGUGACAGCGCCUCCUCCACUCAGUCUCUGCAACAUGGGGGCAUGCCAGAGCUGCUAGUUGGUUUGGCCUACAAUGGGACCACAGGGCGGUUGUCAGUGGAAGUUAUCAAGGGAAGUAACUUCAGGAACAUGGCCAUGAACCGAGCACCAGACACGUAUGUCAAGCUGACACUGAUGUCGCCAACAGGUCAGGAGUUACAACGCUGCAAGACAUCGGUCCGCCGUGGCCAGCCGAACCCACUGUUUAAGGAAACAUUCAUGUUCCAAGUGGCACUAUUCCAGCUGCCUGAAGUAACACUCAUGGUGUCUGUGUACAACAAGAAAAGUAUGAAAAAGAAGGAAAUGAUUGGAUGGUUUUCACUGGGCAUGAAUAGUAGCGGAGAAGAGGAGCAGUCCCACUGGAGUGAUAUGAGAGAGAACAAAGGAGAUCAAGUGUGUCGCUGGCACGUCCUACUUGAAUCCUAGUGAACCACAAACUACAUGUGGUGUGGACACAUUGAUGUCCUACUUGAAUUAUUAUGAAAUAACAUAUGGUGCAAAAACAUUAUUGUCGUACUUUAAUUCUUAUGAAAUAACACAUAGUGCAAAGGUUGAUAUUCUACUUGAAUCCUAGUGAAUCAAGCAUAACACAUGGUGCAGAGACAUUGAUGAAAACGGACUAUUUAUCAAUACGACUUCACUAUAUGUAAAAAUAAGGCCAGCACUUGCCUCCCUUAACAAGUGAUCUCUUGUAAUCCUAAAUACAUACACUGUUAAGUACAAAAGUAUUUUGACAAGUUGCCUUGUGAUUAUACAAUUACAGAGAUGAAAAUCCUCUUGAUAUCUUUGUAAUUCUUGAUUUUAGUGCUAUAUCCAUAAAGUGUUCCUGUCCUUGUUCUGUGACAAACAGCUUACAGAAACGACCUCCCUUUCAGAACUGUGGAUUUUUUAAACAAUGAUUAUUUUAAACUUAUUGUGGUAAUAUUUCCAGAGCUGUGUGAACAACAGGGAACAUUUUGUUUUCAAAAUCUUGAUUAGUGAUAUUUCUAGUCAAUUAAACAUUGAUUAGCAACUACUGUUUUAAAUUUGCUUAGCCAUCUCUGAAAUUUGUGUAGCGAAUCGCGAUGCGAUACUGAACAAAAUAUUCCCUGAAUACUGUUAUUAACUGUUAGUAAAAUGAUAUCUUUGGUUUCUCUGGUAUUUCACAUGAAAUGUAUCAAAUGGAACCAUGUGCUGUGAAUCGUACUGUAUGUGCCAAUGACCCUGCACCAUAUCACCGCCACAAUAGUUCAGUAAUCAUUUGAAGAUUUUUUACUUUAUACACAAUGGCAAUUUAUUUUUCAAAAGACUUAACAAAUACAGAUGUUAAAAUAACUAUCUAACUAGCUACAUGGCUACAGUCUCGGUAUAUCCAGAUACAUGUAUGUCAAAACAUUUGAAUGUAGUACUCUUCUCACUGUGGUUCAUAUCAGGGUUGAAUUGUGUAAUCGGCCAACGAGUUUCAAGAAGACUGAUCUUUUACAUUAAAGAGACCAGAAAUAUUUUGAAUUCAGAAGGUUUGUCUUAUAAAAACAGCCGUAUUUAAAUUUUGCUAAAAAAAUUCAAUCAUGUUCAAGCAUGCUAUGGUAAUUUCUUAGAGAAAUUGAAAGUAAUAUUUCCAUAGAUGAUCGGGUUAUUGCAGAGCAUACCUGUACUAAAAUGGUGCAGUAGCUUCAGUACAUUUAACUUUACAAUUUGUUCUGUCAUUACGUUUUCUAUAUUUUUCAGUUUUUGUUAAACUUGUUGUCACUACUGUCAAACUGUAAUUUUUAACUUUGUUGUACAUAGAAAUAUUACUUGACCUAAAAGAAUAAUUUGUCAUACCUACAGGGGAUGAUUUUCUAUCAUCGUGGAAAAGCGGACAGAAUCACAGAAUUUAAUUUCAUAUGCCGACUCUGGUGUCACGUAACUAUAAAACAUUCUUGGAGAUUAUGAUUGCAUGCUGCAGAUAUGGAACAUAAUAUAUGUUUGUUUGCCAAUUACACGCAUAUAGUGAAAUGACUGUAACUCAAACUACACACAAUUUGGUUAAAAUAUGGUGGAAUCAUGUUUACAAAUUAGUGGCUUGUUUUCAUGAAGAAAACAGCAUUUAAAGGAGAUUGUAUCUCUGUUUUUCAGAAUAAACUUAUGUGACAUCACAAAAGUAAAGUAUUAUUGUAUGUACCAUGUAUUGUUUUCAUUAUUAUAAUUUUUCAGUAAUCGUAUCAAAAAAUUGUGACCAGGAUAAAAUAAAGAUAUAUAAGCAAUGCAUUACACAACAGUUGACUUUGAUGGGUUUUUUGUCAAGUCGUUUGUUUUGUUUUGUUGGGUUUUUACUCUUUACAAACUAAGUUUUUUGUAAAUGUAAAUUAAUCAUGUGACACGUUCAGCUCACAAGAUAAUUAUCGCGUGACAUUAAUUGGAAACUUUAGAAAAAUAAAACUUUUCAAAAUCUGAAAAGGAAAAUCAUCCCCUUUACAUGCCUUUGAAUGUUUUCUAUUUUUAUUAUGUAUAAACAUCUACUAAAACGUAUUUUUCACAUUAAUUACUGAAGAUCUGUGCAAUUAAGGGGAGUAACCCCUUCUUGCCCGACAGUUUUUGGGUUGUUUUUGCUGUUAAAGUAUAUUGUACAGUUUCAUUGUUGUUAAAACAAUUUAAAUUAGACUCACUAACUUUGGUACAUAUAUAUUUUUCUAAAGUUUGUGUAUAAAUAAUCAUUAGUGACUUUCAAAUUGAUAAUGGGUGCAACAAUUCCAUUUUACCAGUCUUUAAUAUUGUUUUUUUUUUCACCGGCCUCGGUGACAUCGUGGUUAGGCCAUCGGUCUACAGGCUGGUAAGUACGGAGUUCGGAUCCCUGUCGAGGCAUGGGAUUUUUAAUCCAGAUAUCGAC